AUGUUAGUAUUCUUUAACUUGAGAAUACUUAAUCGAAAUGAAAUUGAUCCGCUUGAUGCAAAAUCUAUAUUUCACAGUAAGCACAAGGAAGAAAACAAUAUCGAUCCCGAUGACGGGAAUUCAAAGCUAUGCGGUGCUUGCAAUGUGCCUAUCUUCUCGACCCCGUUCAAAGCAACAGAGUCGGGAAGUGGUUACCUGCACGACCAGUGCAGUAAUCUGCCUAUCGAUUCAGAUUGCAGCGAUUUGCACCCUUCCUUGGAACCCCUCGAGAAGCAGCCUAAUCUCGAAAAAAGCAAUUGCUCCCACUGCAAGGCCGUUUGCGGGGACGUCCUGUACCGUUGUCGCGGCCCAGGGUGCGGUUUCCAACUCAACGUGACGUGCGCUUGGACGGUCAAGAUCAUGCACCGGAGCCACGACCACAGGUUGACGGUCUUCCGCUGCUCAGCAGCGGAUGCUUCCUUUGCCUGCUGUGCGUGUGGGACCGGGCAUAGGCCGGGCCUGUUGUGGGUCCCGUCUAUGCCUUUGGUUUACGUGUGCGGCCCAUGUGGUUUCUGGUUGCAUCCGCACUGCGCUGCACUGCCAAAUGUAAUAGAGCAUCAGAGCCACAAGCACCCACUUCUUCUGAACUAUGGGAUCAGAUCGUCCACGUGUCAGUGUGCGAUUUGUGGAGAGGAGGUCUCGAGUUGGGGGGUUUAUUCGUGCACUAUGUGUCGUUACUAUGUCCAUAUCAUGUGUGCCGUCACAGAAAGGCAGAGCUUCGAAUCAGUUUUGCUUGGAGAAGCUUUUGGAGAUGGUCGAAUUCCAGGCUUAGUUCAUUUUCCGGUUCCCGAUGAAUACACAAGUAUUGUCCGACACAUAACCAAAAAUACCCCCACCACAAGUGAUGUUAAACUUCAGCACAGACAUCCACUAACCCUGCACCAUGACUAUCCCAUCUACAAAGAAGCCGAUGACGAAGUUGAUCGGCCCCCAACCUGCAACGCGUGCGUCCAAUUUAUCUCACCUCCAUUCUACUCGUGCUCUUGGUGCCCGAAACUCUUCCUCCACGACAGCUGCGCGCGUCUCCCUUCGGUGCUGCGCCAGAACCCCAUCGCCAUUCCGCUCGAUCUCAUCGACUUAAAGACUAUCGAAUCAACCACGUGUUGUAACCGCAACACAAAUGCAUUCACCUUUCGCCGCCACAGCACCAACAUGGACGUCAUGUGCGCCCUGAUGCCGACCUCAAUCACGCACGCCGCGCACGCUAAGACACACGUGCUCCGCUCCUCCGCAUCCGGCGAUCUGGAAGCGUGUCGCUGCUGCGGCGGACUCCUGAGCGGCGUCUCCUACAAAUGCGGGACGUGCCGCAAUUUCAGCAUUCACGGCACGUGCGCACGGCUGCCCGCCACAGUCCGCCACGUGUGCGACCCGCAUCCUCUGAAGCUCGUCACGGCCCCACCUCCUCGCAGACAGCCGCAGACAAAUACCAUCUACUGCGACGCCUGCGAGAGGGGCCUUGACGACGCGCGGUGGCACUAUGGGUGCGCGGAGUGCAAGCAGGCGUUCCACGUGGAAUGCGUGCCGUGCUUGGAUAAGCUAUCUUUGGUCAAGUACGAGAUGGUAGAGGUGUCUGAGAGAUGUCAUGAAUGCCCUCUCACUCUCGUCCGCGUGCACAUGGUCUGUGGCCGUCAGUGUGGGGUAUGUAGGAAAGGGUACCUUGGGCAUCGUGAUAGUACGGCGUUCGCGUGCUUCAAAUGCUAUUUUAGCAUCCAUGUUAGUUGUGCCUUUACUUGGAAAAUAGAAGCUAUUAUUUCAAGGAUAAACUGCCUCUAAAAUCAUCAGCUUUCACAAAAGGCUGGUAUUUCCCGUGAACUUUAAAAGUUGCACGAAAAAUCGCAAACUUUGCUCCCGUGUGCAAAUUUUUCGAGUCGGGUAUUCCGGCUAUGUAGAGUGGUGACGUGUGUAAUUGUCUGACGUGGAUAAUGAUGUGGACGCUGAUGUGUGCAAUGACAUGGAAUUUAAAUUUUAUAAAUUUGAAAUCAUAUUUUAAAUAGCAAAA